AAAGAAUGGGACGCGUUACAAAAGUUGUGAAAUAUUUGUUAAUAAGAAAACAUUUUUGACUAUCAUGCAAACCACUAUAUCCUCUAUCAGCUCCAAUAUAAUAUUUAUUCAUACUUUCUACUUUAUCAACUGAUGGUCGUUAUUGCUUAAAGUCGAUAAAACAAUUUGUAAUACAGUUUCAAUUAAUAGGCGUAGUUCUAGAGGGUGUACGAAAAUUUCCUUGUAACCUCAAAUUGCAUGUACAAAAGACGUUGUUGAAUUCGAUAAAAAAAAGUCUCCUGUCAAAAGCAAAGGAAAAUGUGAUGUUCCUGUCGUUUGUUCAUAUAUGGUACGUCUAGCUUGCAUAAAAAUCAUGUCUAAGCCAGAUGCACCUAAAUUAGUAUCAGCCCUCUUUUCCUUCAAAGGAAAGAACAAUGACGAGUUACGUUUUAAGAAGGGGGAUAUUAUAACAAUAACUCAAACUGAUGAUGGUGGUUGGUGGGAAGGCACUUUACAAGACAAAACUGGUUGGUUUCCCUCCAACUAUGUCAAGGAGUACCGAAUUCCAGAUUCGGGAGGAUCCUCCGUAAAAUCAUCACCAGAGAAGGUAUUGCAAGAAUCUCUAGUACAGCAAAAAUUGAAUCACGACAUAGUGCUGAAGGACAUAAUCGACUCGGAGAGAGCGAACGUGGCUGAAUUACAAGGACUAAUAAAUAAUUUCCUUAACCCGCUGGAAUUAGCGAACAUUUUAAAGAAAGAAGAAUACAAGCAACUUAUUGGCAAUAUCCAUGAAGUUGCUGAAGCUCAUCAGCGCCUCUUGGCAAAUCUAGAAGCUGCGUUCCUACAAGGAACUGAUGCGAGAGUAGGAAAUCUGUUUCUUAGUCUUGCACCAAGACUUAAAUCUAUUCACACAACUUACUGUAACGGUCAUCCUCAAGCAGUCUGCAUUCUUGAUAAAUACAGAGACGAAUUGAAUGAAUUCAUGGAACAUGGAGGAGCUGUCUCUCCAGGUAUUCUCGUCUUAACAACUGGACUGAGUAAACCCUUUAGACGACUAGAUAAGUACUCAUCAAUGUUACAAGAACUGGAAAGGCACACGGAGAAAAAUCAUCCGGACAGAGGGGAUACACAGCGCAGUAUUAGUGUAUACAGAGAGAUAGCAGACAAUUGUGCCUACAUACGUAAACAAAGGGAAUUAGCACUUCAAGUAUUAACAGGCGGUAUAAAAGGCUGGGAAGGAGAGGAGCUAAGUACCCUUGGUGACAUACUUCAUGUCGGUCCAGUCACUCUGGCUAUGGGAUUGGAUAGAAGAGACAGAUACUUCGUCCUCUUUUCCACCACAUUACUCGUCCUCAGUACAAGCCAGCGGAUGAGUUCAUUCAUAUACGAAGGAAAGCUUCCACUGACUGGAAUAAAUGUAACACCUUUGGAGGAUAUCGAGGAGACGAAAUAUGCAUUCGAGAUAUCAGGACCUAUGAUAGAAAGUAUAGUGGUACUAUGCACCAGCAGGGAGGAACUCCAUCAUUGGAUCGAUCUAUUAAGCCAGGAGCAAAAUACCGGUCUCUUAAGAUCUCCCACAAUACCUCACAUGGCGAAUCAUCACAACGUGAAAAAUCAGCAACUGCCAGUGGAACAUUGUUCGUCUCCAGGGAUUAAAAUACCUUGGAGUCUGGCCUCCUUACGACCGGCUCCUCCUUUGUAUUCGCUCAAAUCCUUUAGCAAAACAGAUUCUACGGAUGCCUGUCGUACAACACGAAUAUGCAACGAACGUCUGUUCGAGGAAGAUGCACUCAUAUUAAAAGUAAUAGAAGGUUAUUGUCUAACUGUCAAUGCCAGGUUUACUGUACAUUCUGCUAUGUUGGAUUGCGAGCCACUUCAUAAAGCACGCGAUAGAGUAUCCUUAAUGCAUAGUAGAAUUGGAAAUUGGGACUCGUGCGAAGACAGGAGCCUGUCGGAGACUAUUAAGACCUUGACGAGUCAGGUAACGGAUCUGCAGUCACAAAUGUCACAACUGACCAAGCAGUUGGACGAAGAGAGACGAUCUCGACUAUCGCUAGCUGCAACUGUGAAACGCAGCAUUGCCGCUAUGGAUGGUUCUGUGCCUUAAAUUAAAAGCAAAAGUGUACAAUUAUUUUGUCAAUAGAGUGCUUUUAAUGCUAAUUCAAUGCCCUGUGGUUGUUGUCCAGAAUUUUCGGCGUAUGGCGAAAUUCAAAAUCCAUUGAAAUGA